AUCCUGACCGCGUACCGGGUGUUCAUGGAGCGGCUGCUCACCCUCCUGGGGGCUGAGCAUGUGGAGCAGAAGGCCCGGGAGAUCUUGGAGCUGGAGCAGCACCUCGCCAAUAUCACAGUGUCUGAGUAUGACGACAUGCGGAGGGACGUCAGCAGCAUGUAUCACAAAGUGACCUUGGGUGAGCUGCAGCGCAUCACCCCCACGCUCAAGUGGAAGCGCUUGCUGGACCGCAUCUUCCAUGACAACUUCUCGGAGGAGGAGGAGGUGGUGCUGCUGGCCACAGACUACAUGCACAAGGUGUCUGACCUCAUCCGCGUGACGCCCAGCAGGAUCCUUCACAACUACAUGCUGUGGCGCAUCGUGGUGGUGCUGAGCGAACACCUCUCCACCCCCUUCCGUGAUGCCAUCCAUGAGCUCUCCAAGGAGAUGGAGGGCAACGAGAAGCAGCUCGAGCUGGGCAAGAUCUGCCUGAGCCAAGCGAACAAGCACUUCGGCAUGGCCCUGGGUGCCCUCUUCGUUGAAGAGCAUUUCUCCUCUGCCAGCAAGGCAAAGGUGCAGCAGCUGGUGGAGGACAUCAAAUACAUCCUGGACCAGCGCCUGGAUGAGCUGGACUGGAUGGAUGAGGAGACACGGAGAGCGGCCAGGGCCAAGCUCCGGUACAUGAUGGUGAUGAUUGGGUACCCAGAUUUUGNCAUCCCCCCUGAUGUGGCCAUGCCCCUCCAGUUUGAGGUGGAUGAGAAGACCUACUUCAAGAACAUCCUCAACAGCAUUGCCUUCGGCAUCAGGCUCUCGGUGAAGAAGAUCCGGCAGGAGGUGGACAAGUCUGCGUGGCUGCUGCCUCCCCAGGCGCUGAACGCCUACUACCUGCCCAACAAGAACCAGAUGGUGUUCCCCGCUGGCAUCCUGCAGCCCACCCUCUACGACCCCGAGUUCCCGCAGUCGCUGAACUAUGGCGGGAUUGGCACCAUCAUUGGGCAUGAGCUGACCCACGGUUAUGACGACUGGGGGGGACAGUACGACCGGCACGGGAACCUGGUGCACUGGUGGACGGAGAGGUCAUACAGCAAGUUCUUGAAGAAGGCGCAGUGUAUCGUCAACCUCUACGACAACUUCACUGUCUACAACCAGCGGGUGAAUGGCAAACACACACUGGGGGAGAACAUCGCUGACAUGGGGGGGCUCAAGCUUGCCUACUACGCCUACCAGAAGUGGGUGCGGGAGCACGGCCCUGAGCACCCCUUACACCACCUGAAAUACACGCACGACCAGCUCUUCUUCAUCGCCUUCGCUCAGAACUGGUGCAUCAAGCGACGAUCCCAGUCCAUCUACCUGCAGGUGCUGACAGACAAGCAUGCCCCGGAGCACUACAGGGUCCUGGGCAGCGUCUCGCAGUUUGAGGAGUUCGGACGGGUUUUCCACUGCCCCAAGAACUCGCCCAUGAACCCGGCACACAAGUGCUCA